UUAUGUGAAGGAACGUUUCAUCGUCCCCCCCUUUACAUAUCAACCACUGCCUUUUAUUGAGGAAUGGAUCGAACAAAGUGAUUCGUUCAUUAAGGAAAACAUGUCAACCUCCCCAGAUGUUGAACCCGCUUUCUUCGCUCCUGACACCCGAGAAUCUCUUCGUUUCAUCGCCACCCACCCAAACCCAAUGCAUUCCAUCUUCAAAUCAAAUCUUCCAUUAUUCUACAAAUUGGAUGGGGGGCUUUGGAAACAAGAGUGAUUGUUAUUUUCGUCACAAUCCUAAUUAUCGUUGCACUUAUUACACAAUAAAUAUUUUAAAUAUUUUAAGUUUUGGGUGUAAUUAAUAAUCAAAAUUUCAAGGUUACUGUCUUCUUCUACACAGAAUAUAAGAUGUUUAUGGUUUAGGCUAAAUACUUGUAAUAGCCCCCUAGCGCCGUUAGUGUUGGUAGUAACCCAACCCCACAUUGUUAGUUGUGGUAACCAUCGUAUCAGAUGUCGCGGUCGUUUGGUUUCAAACCUGUGGUGGUUUGUUCAUCGGGUUGGUUUGUGUCGAUAUAUUGUGUUUGUUUAUCUUCUAUGACGUCACAGACAGCAAUUAGUUUUUUUCGAAUGCAGGUGUGACGUCAUAACGUGAAAUGUUAUCUCUUUGUGACGUAACGAGGCUCGAAUAACUUUUGUUACGUCAUAAACACUGUUUCAACUUAACAAUGGUGGAUAAUUUGUACUAUGACGUAACAGUGCAUAAAAAAUAACGAUUUCUUUUUAUUUUUUUGAUUCAGUUGAAGUUGGUUAGCUUGGGGUUUAUAAAGUGUCACCGUAGCGUAUAUUUAUACACACUGUGUUUUAUACAGAACGGGCGGCUGAUGUUUUCUAUGAGUCGUCGUUUCGUUGUUUUAAUCGUUUUAAUUUGCUCACUGUUAGUGUUUGUAUGUUGGGUUUAGCCGCCGCGCUUUUCUUUUACCUUGUAUUAAUUUUAUCGAAGAUUGGUUAAAUUUUGUUAGCAAAAUGGAUUCUUUGUCACGUGAUGACUUGAAUUACAUCGAUGCCACCGACUAUUGUGACGUUAGAAACUCUAUAGCACCGUCUCGUGGAAGAGCUUCUACACCAUCGUUGGCCGUUAGGAGAGCAAUGAAAGUGUUGGACGAUACAUACAAGAUGCAAAGUUAUUUAAAGAUCGACAGGCUGUCACGUGGUCAAAGCAGGGCGUCAUCUCGACCAAUGAGAUCGCAGCGUUCCAUCUCCCCCCUCAGAUCGCCAAUCAGAAGUCCAAGCCCCGCAUUGUCUCCUCCUCGCUUGGUGGCGUUAGAGAGGGACAACUUCGAGGACGCAUUGGGGGACAGCGAAUCUAGGCGAGGAAUUCUCCUUAAUAAACUUAAAGAGGCUCAAACUACGAUGGAGAUGCAAAACGAACGCUUACGUCUCGGCGAAGCUGACGUCAUAGAAACACGCGCGACGGUUCGAUUGUUACAACAAAUCCAAGUCGAACUUGAAACGAAAAUAGAAUUUUUAGAAAAGGAGAGAGUAUCGCUGCUGGGGAAGUCCCGGCAAGAGGCAGAAGAUCGAGAAAUAUUGAAGCGGAGAGUUGAGGACGGUGGGCGUGAAAACAACAAACUACGAUGUCAACUGGAUUUAUUAUUGGCUGAUAAACAUGAACACCAAGUGACUUUGGAUCAUUUGCAUAAAACCAUCAAUGCAGUUAAAGAUGAAAAAGAUGACGUGCUUAAGCUUCACACCUCGUGCUGCGAUGAAUUGAAUGUAACUAAAGAGCGCCUCCUAGUGGCAAGGCAAAGAUGCGAUUUAAUCGAGAAAGAAAAAAGUCACGCGUUCACUGAGGCGGAAAAACUUCAAAAAUCCCAACAAUCGUUGAUCAACCGAAACACGGAGCUUGGGCAACGCAACGCGCGACAAGCAACCGAUUUGAAUCAAAUUACUGAAAGAUUUGAACGAAUGGAAGCUGAGAACUCGGCACUGAUGGAGGAGUUAGCUAUUUGCCAAAGUGAGUUAAAGAAACGAAAUAAAGAUUUGAUCGAUUUGCGACGUAAAUAUAAAGAUACAAGCGAAGACAUGAUGAGGGUUCGUAAGUAUAAUGUGGAAUUGGAGAAAACUGUUCAAACAAUCAAAGAAAUAAACAAAGAUUUAAAAAAGGUGAAAGUAGAUUACGAGAAUGACAUCACCGAUCUCCACGGUGACCUCGCAAAACUAAGAUUGGAAUUAUCAACAACGAGCAACGAAAAUAAAACGAAUAUAACCGAGUUGAAACGAACAAUGGAUGUUUACAAUGAGACCUCCAAUGAGUUGGGCGAAUUACGCUUCAAAUAUGAGGAAGAAACCAAAAGUUUGCGAAAACUUGAGUCUUGUUACUCGGUGGCCGCACACCAGGUGGCGCUGUUGGAGGCCGAGAAGAAUCGGUUCGUUCGAGAAGAACAAGAAAAUAAAUUGAAUAUUUCAACACUGGAGGAAAACCUGGAGAAAUUGAAAGAUAAAUACGAAAGCGAGACAUCGGGGUUAUUGGAAGAAGUGGCAGGGUUAAAGUCGAAGAAACAAAUAUUGUCGUUGCAGCUUGAAGAGGCAGAAGCUCAACUGAUGCGAGUUAAUGAGGAGAUGAAGUCACAUGACCGUCAUGCAACCUCGCAACUCGACCACUGGAGGCAGACGUGUGCUAAGUUGACGACAAUCGUCGAGAAUAAAGAACGAGAACGAAGGGAGAGUACCACCCGGUGGAUGGAAGUGGAGGAAAAACUUCGCCACUCGGAGGCUCAACAGAGCUCGCUUCUAUUGCAGUUAUCUGGCAUUGAAUCUUCGAACGAGCGAGCAAACCGUCUCGAAGCGGAAGUAAACCGAUUGUUGCAAGAACAGGCCGAGAAUCAACAGAUGAUAUCUGUGUUGGAAAUGCAACGAGAUAUCCUUGCUAAAUCGCCAACAAAAGCUGAUGCAUCCGAGGAAAUUUAUAAACAACGAUCGGAGAAACUUGAAAUGGAAGUUAAUUUGUUGAAAACUAAGUUAAACAACGUUGGCAAAGUUGGACCUGAUUCAUCCGGAGCAACGAAAGAAGAUUUGUUGAAAUCACGUCAGGAGGUGGCGGCGUUGAAAGUUUUGUUGAAAGAUAAAUCAACAGAAUGUGAAGAUAAAGUGGGGAGGUUGUUGAAGGAAAAGGAACAGCUGAGGUUGGAGGUUGGGAGGCUUUGUGGUGAAAUCAACAGCCUGAAUGCCAACCAAUCACAAUCGGCGGGUGAAAGUAUUUUAGAAACCCAAAAGUUACGAGAUGAAAUAUUGUUUUUGAAACAACGAGUUGAUGAAUCGCGACACAAGAUCCAAGUUUUGGAAGGCGAACGAGUGAUUUUGAUAAACGGGAAGAAACGUUUGGAGGAUCGGGUUAGGGGGUUGGAGGCGGAGGUGGAACACAGGAGGGUGAUAAAGAGUGCUACUGUCGAGCACCGAACAACAGAUGAGAGCACCACCUGGAAGGUCCGAUUGAAGGAAUUAAACAAAAUUAAAUCGUCACAAGAUGACGUCAUCGAUGCGUUAAAGAAACAAAUCGAACAAUCAACGACAAGUAUAAGUAAUGAUGAUGUCAUAGAGGGUUCGUUGAUGCAUGAAGUGAAUUCAUUGAAGCGGAAACUUCAAGAAAAGGGGAAAUACGAAGUUGAAAACGUUGAAUUAAAAUCAAGGUUGGAAGAAAUUGAAAAGUUGGAACAGAAAGCUCGACAGGAACGCGAUGAGUUGCAAGGAAAGAUGAUCAUAAUGGAGUCAUUAAACGAUUCAAGUCAAGAUUUGUUGAAAGAGCUGGAGGAAGUGAGGGAGGGGAAGAUGGAGUUGGAACAGCAGUUGAAUAGUUUGUUGGGGAGUAAAACGUGUCAAACACCACCAGGCACGCUGUCAUUGGUUGAGGAUAUGGAUAAUGAAUUGGAACAACAAUACAACAUCAUGCGCGAACGAAACAAAUGGUUGGAAACGAGAAUCUCAUCUUUACAAAGAGAGGUCGAUCUUGUGCGAGAUCAAAACUCGUUGUUGCAUCAACAGAGGAGUGACGCGGAUCAUGAAGCGGGGAGGAGUGUUGCUGCUUUUAAGGAACUACAAUCCACAAUAAAAGGCAAACGGCAACAAAUCCAAUCGGAGCAAAACCAACUUCAACUCAGUCAUGCGGAUAAAGUUCAACGCAUAAUUGAUCUUGAACGAGAAUUGAGCGAAAAAAAUCAAAUAAUCCGAUCGAUGAACAAUGAAAACUCACGGAAGAAAAACGACAAAAGUAAAAUAUCAAGUUUCAUGAAAAAGCUGCGACGUAGCAGCGACAGUCGAGACAUGAUGUCCAGCGGAGGGAUCUAUGACCCAGGUUAUUCGACUUUGAUGACCGAUAGUAACCUUAAGUCAAGAUCUUCUUCAUUUGGGGGAUUUCCCCAAGCCCAGCGAAGUUCUUUGAAGACCUCCGCCAAAAGUUCCCACUUGUCCCAUCUUACCCCGCCUACCUGCGACGACUCCAUGCUGUCAUCUAGUGGUCACCGAGAAUCUCCCGUGUUUUACCCUGACGACUAUAUUGAAGAUAGAAGACCCCCCUCGUCCAGCGAGCCGACCCCCUCCAAACCCCAUGACCUUCCAACUCCAACAUCAAGUCCAUCUUUACCCUCACCCACGUCAUCAAGACGUCACAAACCACCUGUAUACGUCAUGGGUGCAAGUGAAGAAAGUGCGUCCGAUGAUGACGUCAUCGCGACGUCACAAACCCCGACGAAGAAGUUCCGGACGUCACACGAGACCGGGGAUUCCCCACCACCGAGACCACAGUCUCAACCUAUAGUUCGUGACGUCAUGUUGUCACCUCCGAACAACAGAAAGAAGCAUUCAAGUUUGGUGUGACGUGUCCAUUACCCACCGUGCCCAUUACCCACCGUGCCCAUUACCCACCGUGCCCAUUACCCACCGUGCCCAUUACCCACCGUGCCCAUUAUCAACGUAGCUGAAGUGCCAUACACACUAGAUUGUUGCCAAUACACCGAAGUAUCGAA